GGAGGCAGCUGCGCAGAGUGAGUGAACACAGAGCACGCCUCUGCCAGCGAGCUACAGUGUGUCAACAGGCGCUAGAAUGUCGGGUAAGAGUUUCCGAGUCAGCGACGGGGACUGGAUUUGUCCCGAUAAAAAGUGUGGAAAUGUGAAUUUUGCAAGAAGAACUAGUUGUAACAGAUGUGGCAGGGAGAAAACCACAGAGGCAAAGAUGAUGAAAGCAGGAGGAACAGAGAUUGGGAAAACCCUGGCUGAGAAGAGCAGAGGCCUCUUCAGUGCAAAUGAUUGGCAAUGCAAAACGUGUGGCAAUGUGAACUGGGCGAGACGGUCAGAGUGCAACAUGUGUAACACACCCAAAUAUGCCAAGUUGGAAGAGAGAACAGGUUAUGGUGGAGGUUUCAAUGAAAGGGAAAAUGUAGAAUACAUUGAACGGGAGGAAUCAGAUGGUGAAUAUGAUGAGUUUGGAAGGAAAAAGAAAAAGUAUCGUGGGAAGACCAACAGCACAUCUUCCUCAAAAAGUGAAAAGAAAGAGGUCCCAAAAGUGGCGAAGGAGGAAGAUGAAGAAGAAGAAGAGGAGGAAGAUGGUGACGUGUCAAAGUACAAAUUGGAUGAUGAAGACGACGAAGACGACGAAGAUGGAGACCUGUCAAAGUAUGACCUAGAUGCCAGUGAUGAAGAAGACAAGCCAGCCAAGAAAAAGGGAAGCCGCUCAGGAUCGUCCCGUUCAUCCUCGCGCUCCUCCAGCUCCAGUUCUCGGUCGAGGUCCAGGUCCCGCUCUAGAAGCUCAUCCAGUUCCAGAUCUGGAUCUCGCUCCAGGUCCCACUCCAGAUCCAGCUCCAGGUCUGGAAAGGGCUCCUCUCCCAGGAAGAGGUCCCGCUCACCCUCUUCCUCUCCCGAGAGGGGACAGAAACGCAGCCGCUCCAGGUCUUCGUCUGGAGGGAGAAAACGGAGGCGGUCUAGAUCACAUUCGUCCGAAAGGUUUGGGUUUCUGUGGAAUACCACAAUGGCACUGAUUGUUAUUAGCCAUCAGAUGCCUCGCUUAUCGGAAUUUAUUGAAACAUUUUUGCAUUUUGACGUGUUACGUUGUGUGUUUAAUUGUAAUUGUGUGAUUUUUAUAUAUGCACAACUUCAUUUCACUAUACGCGCCUGCUGACCUUGUUCUUCUUCCCGUGGUGUUUGUGUGAUUUCAGGCGCGGCGGCCAUUCCUCUGGAUCCUCCCAUUCUGGCUCCAGUUCAAAAAAGGCAUAACUUUAUUAGAGCCUGUCAGUCCAAUAACAAAAGGAAAAUUAAAAACAAGUGCAUGUUGUGUUAUAAAAUAGCGACCACAUCCAAUGACUAUGCUGUUCAUUCUCACAGAACCUGGAAAGUCUUAUUUCCCUUAAAAGAAAGACGGCAGCGCCACGAUUCUCUCAGCUCGUUACGUGCCCUCUUUGAAACCAGAUACAACCCCCAAUCUGUGACAAGUGUCAGUAACUGUAGGUGUCCACUAAACAUACGUACGUGUAUGGUCUAAUGAGGCUGUAUCUUAUUUCCCAUUCAUUCUGCUUUAAUUCUACUCAACUGGAGAGAACUUAGUAAGCCAUUGGCCCUUGGAAACAUCUGAGAUUGUUAUUCUUUUUAAAAAGCAGCUUUUUUUUUUGAUUAAGUAAGGGUGGACUACAUUAGCACCAAUUUAAAAUAUCAGAUGUAGCAAUGAAUUUUGGCCUGUUCUAUUGUUUCUGGUUUUUAUAAAAUGUAUUUGCUUUUGCAUUUUCAAGGUAAGUAUUUUCCUUUGAUAUUGCUUGUUUUUUUGUUUGUUUUUUAUUAACGCAGUAGGUUCAAAAUUCUUGAAAUGAUAUGUGCGUCUGAGUAAAUGUAUGAUUUAUUUUCUUUAGUCUAACACGAUUGAGACCUAAUGACAGUUCAGUUAUUCAUAUACGUGGGAAAUGAACUGAAAAUAGACAUUUUUGCUCCAGAUUAGUGCAAACAUUACAAAAGUAACAGCCGCAUGUCCUGUUAAUGGUAGAAUGUCAAUUAAUUCUUAUCAUGAUAAUGGUGGAACAUCUAAAGAAGACAUGUAAAUAAAAUCCUGUCGACCCUGUU